AGAGGGCUGAGUGUGUUUGGGUUCAGUGGGAGCUGACUGGGAGCAGAGGAGACAGGCUGGUUAGAAACAGGAAGUGUCUUACUCCCUCUCUCUGUCUGUUUGUCUCCGUGUCUCUCCACCCUCAGCUAAACUCCACCCUCUGACAGAACCAGGAAAUCCCCUCCCUCCUCCCACAACAGUUGUUAUUCUGAAGAAACGAAACUUAUCUCUCUUUCACUCCCUCUCUCUCUCUCUCUCUCUCCACCUGUGUUUCUGUGUGAGAGAGAGCGACCGUCACUACCACUCCAGCAUGGCCCAGCAGGGAGUUGUGCUGGACCAGGACCAGUUCCGCUGUUCCAUCUGUCUGGACCUCUUUAAGGAUCCUGUCACCCUCGCCUGUGGUCACAGCUACUGUAGCAGCUGUAUCGAGGGCUGCUGGGACCAGGAUGAGCAGAAGGGAGUCUACAGCUGCCCCCAGUGCAGACAGAGCUUCACUCUGAGGCCUGCUCUGAAGAGGAACAACAUGCUGGCUGAGGUGGUGGAGAAGCUGAAGGAGACAGGAGGAGCCCAGGCCGCCCCCUCUGAGCUGACCAGUCCAGCUGGGCCAGGAGAGGUGACCUGUGACCUCUGCACUGGGCCAGGGCAGGAGAGAGCCCUCAAGUCCUGUCUGGUGUGUAUGGUGUCCUACUGCCAGACUCACCUCCAGCCCCACUACCAGGUUCCUGGGCUGAAGAAUCAUAAGCUGGUGGAAGCCACGUCUGGACUGCAGGAGAUGAUCUGCUCCAGUCAUGACAAGCUGCUGGAGGUCUUCUGUCGGACGGACCAGCAGUGUGUCUGCAUGCUGUGUACCAUGGAAGAACAUAAAGGACAUGACAUGGUGUCACUCAAAGCUGAGAGGAAGGAGAAACAGGACAAGCUGGUCCUGAGUCAGCAGGAAGUCCAGCAGAGAGUCCAGCAGAGAGAGAAGGAGCUGAAGGAGCUCCAACAGGCUGUGGAGUCUUUCAAGCUCUCAGGCCAGGCAGCAGUGGAGGACAGUGAGAGGAUCUUCACUGAGCUGAUCCGCUCCAUUGAGAGAAGGCGCUCUGAGGUGAAGGAUCUGAUCGGAGCCCAGCAGGGGGCAGCACUGAGUCAGGCUGAAGGACUGCUGGAGAGACUGGAGCAGGAGAUAGCUGAGCUGAGGAGGAGAGACGCUGAGCUGGAGAAGCUCUCACACACAGAGGACAACAUCCACUUCCUCCAGAAGUACCAGUCUCUCUCCAGUACCAGUGUAUCUUCAGAUGUCCCCAGCAUCUCUGUUCCUCCUCUUCAGUACUUCAGACAUGUGACUGAGGUGGUCUCUGAGCUGAGAGACAAACUAGAGGAGCUGAUCCAGAGAGAGUGGUCCAACAUCUCCACCAUAGUCUCCACAGUGGAUGUGUUCCUGCCUCCAGAGCCCAAGACCAGAGCAGACCUCUUACCAUCUUCCACAGUGGAUGUGUUCCUGCCUCUAGAGCCCAAGACCAGAGCAGACCUCUUAUCAUAUUCCUGGCAGCUCACUCUGGACCCAAACACAGCAUGUACAGACCUCUCUCUGUCUGAGCAGAACAGGAAGGUGACACUUCUAAAGCAGCAGAAGCCAUAUCCUGACCAUCCAGAGAGGUUCACCGAUCACUGGCAGGUGCUGUGUAGAGAGGCUCUCUCUGGACGCUGUUACUGGGAGGUGGAGUGGAGAGGUGACGGUAUUGACAUAGCAGUCUCAUAUAAAGACAUCCGCAGAACAUGGGGUCACUCUGGCUUUGGUGACACUUCCGAGUCCUGGAGGUUACGCUGCUCUAGAGAUGGUUACUGGUUCAGACAUAACUAUGUUGUUACUGCAGUAUCAGGCCCUCAGUCCUCCAGAGUAGGAGUGUACCUGGAUCACAAGGCAGGUACUCUGUCCUUCUACAGUGUCAUCUUUGAAACAGUGACCCUCCUACACAGAGUCCAGACCACCUUCACCAAGCCACUCUACCCUGGGCUUGGUUGGUAUAGUAGCAGUGCAGAGAUUAUGAAGCUGUGGUAGAGGGUCUUGUAGAGGAGUGAUACCUUCAUACCAUCAUACAUAACCCUGUAAUUGUUUUAGUUGGUUUAUAAACAUUGUUCUUUUGUUGUAUAAUUCCUGCUCUUUCACCUUAAUGAUUGUAUUUGAUCAUUUAGUCUUGGCUCUACUGGACAAUAGAAAUCACUGUCUACUUCCUCUCCUGCUACUCAGUAAAUAGAGUUUUAACUAACGAUGUGUUGUAAUGUUUGGGUACAUGUGCUACUCACUAUUGAGAUGGAAGUGUUUAUAACUGCUGUUGUUUAAGUGAUCAGUUCAUAGUUGUCUCUCUGCUACAUUAAACUCCUGGUGGUGGUUAUAAUGGACCUGAACAGCUGAAUAAAGACAUGUGAAGCUAAAA